CUCGGUCCCAACAGGAUCGCCCUGUACCUGCAGCACACAGCGACCGGCUCCACCCUCAACACUUACCUGCUGACUCUGCACAGGUACAAGGCAGACCACGACGAACCCAGAUUCGACAGCGCCGCGGCGUACGCGGUGUGUGGCCUGCGUCAGGAGUGCGAAUAUCAAAUAUCUCCUGGGGAGCCUUGCGGGCUGCAGCAGGAGGAAGUUCCAGGCGUGACUUCUUGGCCACAGACGCUCGUGGCCCUGAGAAAACUCCCGGUCUGCUCUGACGGCGACGCCAUUGGUCGCUGGCUGCUACCGUGUUCCUCGUGUUCCCACAGAACUUCCUGCAUUUGGAGUCAGAUGCGAUGGCAGCCAUAUCACUGCUCGUACCGCGUUCUGGACAGGGAGCGGCUUGCAACGUGUCUACGCGACAAAAAGCUGCUGUUCAUUGGGGACUCCACUAACCGCGGGAUGAUGCACUACAUCAUGGAGCAGCUCAACGGGUCUCUGUCCGCUUGUGACAAAACACACCACAUCCGCGUAUACUCGAGCCUCAACCAAGGCCGCACUACACUCAGCUUCGCGUACUACCCGCAGUUCUGGCUGGCAGCACCAGAGCGACCGGUUUUCGACAAGACUCUGUAUCAGCUGCUACUCAAGUCUCAGCCUCUGCAGAACGCAAGAAACACGAUCCUAAUCGUAGGUGGCGUUCAUUGGUUAGCCACCCAACAUCUACACACUCUACUCCGCGUGCUCAAAAGGGAAGGUCUACAACAGGCCCACCUUGUGGUAAAGACCCUUGGUUCUGGCUUUCAUAUCCCAGCUGAAGGAGUGCAUUACCUUUCCAGAACUCAACAGAACAGGCUUUUAAAGCAUUCGAUGGGUCUGGCUGCUUUUGCCAAACACCACCGCAUGGACGUAGUCGACACUUUUAACAUGACGGCAGCACGCUACAAGGAUUUCUUGCAAGGGAAAUGUGCUUGCCACUUCCAUAAGCUGGAAAAACGCCAGGAUAUGCAACGUGGCUACCACGUUGAAGGUCCCAUCAACGCAGUCUACACAGAGAUCUUACUGAGUCGCCUCUGCCAGGAAGACAUUGACUUCUGACUGUUCCUUUCUUGGAGAGUGACCUGUGUAAACUAGAAGGGGGCGAUUUCAUCGACGGUACGUUGCUUGGGUGUCCAAGAAACUGAUUUCGGGCCUUGAAGGUGUUGGGAGUAGUUCUGAUCUUUUGUUGUGUCUCCGUCCACCACUCUGAGGUCUACAGGACAGCAGAAGUUCGCGAGAACCUGGUGUAAUAUUCGCUGUCUCCAGUAGCACGGGUUAGUUAUUGAUGUGCGCGUUUUCAGUUACGAACCAGAAGACUCAGAAAUACCAGAAGGGGCUUGAGGGAAAUUGCUUAAACGUGAAUGUAACGUUAGCGUCGUAGCGUGUGACGUAGAAAUCCUUAGCUCGGGUUCAAGAACGAAAUGUUAUUAUCUGUUUAUUUGAACUCCAACUGUCGAAACGUUCAUUCGCAAGCUUUUAGUGGUCAGAAUAGAUACCAUAAUAUCUCGUUAUGGUGGUCUAGCGGCAACUGGUAACGCUCAUGUCAGACACGUAGGCCAGUGAUGUUUCGAGACAGCGAUGAGGAUUGUUUUUGGAAGCCACGCCGCUGCUAGUUGUAACGCUGUUCGAAAGUUUGGAUUGAGGUUUUGAAUUCCGCUACGAACUUGUAAUGAAGUUGUUUGUCUUGCGUCAGGCACCAAAACUUUUCUUACAGACGCCAAAAUUAUAUUCACGCAAAGAAUUCUUUUGGAACCAUUUAGGCAUGCAAAAAUGUUGAUAGUUGACAAAUUUUCUUAAAUAAACUAAAUUCUGUGGAAAGUACUCGUCAUAUUUACACGCGCCCUACAAAUAAAUUAUAAUAUUCCUAUAAUUUUAAAGUUGUUUUCGUGCUGAGCUACGAACUGAGGCAGUAGAUGAAAGUGAGUGACUAGCUUCACGCUCCAGAUGUUUUGCCCCCGGAUUGAGCUCUGGGUUAUCCUCGGUGCAUUUAUAGGCGUAGUGGAAAAUUUGCGUCGCCCGCAAGGGAUCUAAUACCGGUCGUCUGCGGUAAUUUUGUUAACUAAACUAUCGCAAAAAAUAUUUUUAGCAGAGUUAUUUGUGUGAAACAAUACGGCCAAUCGGAAAACAACAGACGUUUCGAAACAUGACGUGGACUUGAUUACCUUCCCGGAGUCGAAGUAAUUUAUAAUUACAGAGGUUCGGAUAAAAAUACGUGGAUAAUGAAAGGAAGUUCUUUAAAAAUAGUUGUGGAACAUGGCAGGACCAUAACGCGACUCGAGAAAGAUACAUUUAUCACGAAAGUUGUGCUACGCUGGGAGCACGAAAUACAGAUGUUUACGUCACUUUGCUGUAUCUAAGUGGAUUUUUUAAGGCUUUGGUUUUUUGAAGAUAAUGUCUAGUUUUAAAAUCAGGAUUUUUAAUCGUGUCAUAAUAGAAGUAAAGUCUAAAUUUACUUGCGUUAACUUUAGUGUCGCGUCUCGUCACAGUUGUUUAAUCCUGAUACCUAAAAGACACGUAGAAAA